AUGUAUAGAGAAAACAUGUCGGAGUUUUACGCCGCUGUGUGCGCAGAACAUGAGAUAGAAAUAAAUCCACACGUCUUACACGUUUUAGAGAAGACGACGGGAACGGAUAGUGUCACAAUAGAACUGAGAGGAAACAACCGUCUGAGAGACGUCCAGCGACUUGAUGACGGAGACGUUCUUGCUCUCUCAAAAUGUUUGAGAAGCCACACAAGUUGGACAGGUCUUGAUGUCAGGUACAACAACAUAACAGAUGAAGGGGUUGGACACCUGGUUGACCUCCUACAGCAGGACAGCUCAUCUCUGCGCUCUCUGGACUUGAUGUUCAACGACAUCCGGGGAGACGGAGCUGAAGUUCUUGCCAAGAGCCUGCAGUGUAACAGCACCUUGCUCUCUCUCAGACUGUCCAACAAUAAGAUAGAGAACAGAGGAGCCAUGCAACUGGCCAGCAUGCUGCAGGUGAACAGCACCCUGAGGGAGCUGGAGCUGGCCGACUGUGACCUGGACACUCAGAGCGUGAUAGCAUUCUCCAUCGUCUUGAAAAGCAACAAAACUCUUCGCUCUGUCGAUGUCAGCCGGCCGCUGCUCUUCAGCCACCAGGAGGAGUGGGCUGUGCACGUCGCUGAGAUGCUGGCGGUGAACAGCAGCCUGGUGGAGCUCCACCUGGGGAAGAUGGGGAUGACCGACAUGGGGAUGGAGAGGCUGACCAGAGGCCUAAGGCUCAACGGCAGCCUGCGCUACCUGGACCUCCGCUGUAACCGCGUGACUCGCGACGGCGUGUGUCAUCUAGCCGACCUGCUGAAGAAGAACCGGACCCUGGAGGUCGUAGAUCUGUCGUCCAAUCGGAUUGAAGAUGAAGGCGCCGCGUACCUGAGCGAGGCCGUCGCCUGGCUGGGCUGCGUCCUGAGAGAGCUGUCUGUCCGCAGUAACAACAUCAGGACGGAGGGUCUGCUGUCUUUGGCUCAUGCUUUGAAGGUCAACACAACUCUGGACCAUGUUUACAUCUGGGGGAACCACCUGGAGGAGCCCGUCUUUCAGGUCUUUAGGGAGCUGAUCGCCAGCGGCCGCCUGCCUCCGGAGCAGACGGACGUCAGCGCGUACGAGGUGGACGGCCGGGUGUUUCUCGCUGAGGUCUUCCACAGUUUGAGGAGACGUUAUUACAGGACAAACAGCUUCGAUAUAGACACACGCCCCACCAACGAAGCCGCCGGCCACGACUCCAGCUUUACGCCCCACAUUGAGAGUCAGCAACAUGUUCCCUGCAGUCCAGCUGAGCUUCAAAACCUCUUAUGAGUUAGGGUUACGGUAUUAAAGAGCGUAAAAAACAAACGUUAGCCUGUUUUAUUUUGGGGUUUUGAACAUGUUUUAUGAAUCUCUGAAAUGAGAAAUUAGUGUUUUAGCAUACUAGCAUCUUGGCCCAAGGGGUGCCACUCAUUUGGUUCAGAGUAAAACCUCAUGACCCGUUUUUAUGAUCCCUACAUUUGUUCAUGAUCGCUACAAACAGGUUUCCUGACAAUAUCCCUGUGAUCUUUCCUGUACUUUGAGAUGAAUGCUAACAGCAUGCUCACAUUAGAAUUCUAACUCGCUAAAGUAUUCUGUAAUCAUACACAGUGGAGGCAUGUUAACAUGGCAAAACACUGAAUGUUACACGCUAUUAUAUCACCAUGUGAAUAGCCAUUAGUUAGUAAAAUGCUGCUGUUAGCACGUUAGCAUUCAGCUUGGAUUGGUGUGUUUAGCUCCACUCGCUCUCAACACACAUUGGACUGUUUGAGUUGUAUUCAGUAAUAAAUGGCAACUAGCAAAAUUAAUCUUAAUGUUUUUAGCAGUCUUAGAUGUUACCCCACAAUUUACGAUACUCUUUUGAGAGUUUUGCGAGAGUUUUAGUAAGUUCUAGGGAAUUGUGGUUUACCAUCGAGACCUUUUUAGCAUGCUAGCACUUCUAGCAUACUAAAAGUUCAUCGUAACAUCUUUUUAAAAUUGUUCCUGACUUUCUUGCUCCACAGGAGAUGAAUCGUCAACAUUUGGAUUGCUACACUCAGGUUUUACCGCCCAAAACUUCAGUAUUCCUCUAGAACAAGUGACAGAAUCCCUGCAAUCUUUACUGUACUGUAGAUUAAUUCUAGCAUGGCAUGCUAACGUAAGAACUCUUAUCUUGCUAAAAUACUAUGUCACCAUACACAGUAACGUAAUGUAACUGUUAACAUGUCGAAAAAAACGACAUAAUAAAUACCAGGAUGUCUCAACAUCCAUUAGUUGGUCAAAUGCUUGUUAACAUGCUAGAGCUAGCAUGUUAGCAUUCAGCUCCAGUUAAAGCUCUUGUACAGGUUAGAGUGGUAAAAGCUGAGUCCAGUAUUUAGCUUUUUAGAAUUAUCAUAUCCUGAAGGAUAAUAUUUUAUAUCAUAUAUGAUAUCAUAUAUGAGCACAAAUUAUCAUCUCACUUGAUUUUUUUUUUACAUAUAUUUUUGCAGGAUUUAAUAUUUGAGGCGUCAAAUAUUCAACAACUUUAUUCAUCUCAAAAGAAAUGUGUUGUGCUCCAGAUGCUCUGAUACAUCCAAAAAUGAUAUACAUAAUAUAAAUAAAAUGAGAGCGAGAGAGCG